ACUCGAUAUAGUAGCGAGCACUCGCAACGGGUCUGCAGCCAACUGCAUAUCCUCACCAAGCAGCUUCGGCCAAGACAUCUCCACCGCAGCGGCAAUGAGUGCUCCCCAGCAGAACAACCAGCCGAGUCCUUUUGGGAGCGGUAUUUUCGGGACGACCGCCGGAAACGCUGGCACGGGCACAUCAAGCACUGCGCCCUCUUUCUCUUUGAAUACGGGCGGCAGCUCACCAGGUCUCUUCGGGAAUACGGGAAGCGGAGCCAGUUUCUUUAGCAACCCCACAUCAUCGGGAGGUUUAUUUGGAAAGCCAACGACACCAACUACUGGCGCGCCAUCGACAAGUGCGCCGGGCACUGUGCCUAGCUUAUUUGGCGGAACUACUACGAGCACGUUACCCACAUCCACAUCCAGUAUCUUUGGGAAAGCAGCGUCUCCAGCUCCCGGAGUGCCUUCGUCGACUGCCCCUGGGGCCUCAGUUGCCGGUGCGGCUACUGGCACAACGCCAACGACAACAGCGAUCAGCAGUGCUGGAUCUUCGUUCUUUAGCACACCCCCGGCGUCAUCUGUCCAGAGUAUAUUCGGAAAUCUGGGCGGCACUGGUGCGCCUGCGCCAGCAACUUCGAAACCCACCUCGUUCGUGCCUUUGACGCCGAAUGCGACAGCUGCACCUACAGCUGCCAGUACAGCAUCAUUUUUGGCGAGUGCAACGACUCAAGGCAAGGAUGGUACAUCUACUACAGUCCCGCCAGCGGCCCCGACCGGCGGCUUGUUCGGUGCUGUACCCCCCAAAGGCGACAGCACAGAGAAGAAAGACGCCCCAAGAGCUGCCUCUCCAUUUGGCCUUUUCGGAAGUAAAGACAAAGCGGCUCCUUCAGAGAAAACAGACGCAGCAGCUCCUGCCGCAGGUUUAUUCGGCGGUAAAUUAGGCGCUGCCACCGGAGGUGGAGCAACAACCGUGACAGCGUCUACGCUGGCCCCUAAGGACGGUGACAAGGCAAAGGAUGCCGCUUCGCCGAGUACGACAAUCGCAGUUGCGCCACCUUCUGUCCUCAAAGGAAAAACUAUCGAAGAGAUUGUUAAUAAAUGGUCUUCUGAGCUUGAAAAUCAAGUCCGGGAGUUCAACAAGUUUGCCGCUGAGGUCGCAGUCUGGGACCGUGCGUUAAUGGAAAACGGAAAUAACCUGGCUGCGCUAUACAGUCACGUAGUGGCAGUGGAGAGAGAGCAGACUGAGAUCGAGCAGACUCUUGACCAUAUUGAGCAGCAGCAACGAGACCUUUCCGUGACGUUGGAUGCUUAUGAGCGGUCGACCGAGGAGAUCCUAGGAAGUCAAGGGGGGAGUUUGCGCUCGCUGGAUACAGGACCUGCUGACACUGAACGUGACAAAAAUUACUCCACAUCACUCACUCAGAUGAUUGAUUCUGUGAACACGUUGUCACUCUCUGCUACCAACAGCGUUUCUCCGCAUAGCGGUGAUGACCCUCUGAUGCAAAUUUCCCAAAUUCUUAACAGCCACUUGGAGAGUCUUCAGUGGAUCGAUGGCGCGGUGCGAGAGGUCGAAGGCAAGCUCACUCAAGUAGAGCGAAGGGUGAGGGAUGCAGGACUGGGCAACUCCUUAGGGAACGGCCUUGCAAGACAAAGGGGUUUCGGGCUACCUCGGUAAUAGUGUCAGAGCGCAUAUGUGCAUGUACUUGCUCAUGUGAUCUUCGAAUGGCCACCGCCAACCCAGUAAUGCGAUUAGAAGAAACUCGCCUAUGGUGACAUUU